AUGCGAUUCCAAGUGGUGCUCUCAGCCCAGGGCCACUACGCCCAGAAGCUUCUGAACAGCCUGAUGGAGAAUUACUCGAAGGCUCUGAGGCCUGUGGAGGACACUGACAAGGCUCUCAAUGUUACACUGCAGAUUACACUCUCGCAGAUCAAAGACAUGGACGAAAGAAAUCAGGUGCUGACAACAUACCUGUGGGUGCGUCAGAUCUGGCACGAUGCGUACCUGCGUUGGGAUAAAGACGUGUACGACGGACUGGAGGUGAUCCGCAUCCCUAGCGAUCUGGUCUGGAGACCUGACAUUGUCCUUUACAACAAUGCUAACGAAGAAGACUCAUCUGGCCCUCCUGACACUAACGUAGUGUUACGGUACACGGGUGAGAUCACAUGGGAUGCUCCUGCAAUCACAAAGAGCACUUGUGUGGUGGAUGUCUCCUACUUUCCCUUCGACAGCCAGCAGUGCAACCUUACUUUCGGCUCCUGGACCUACAACGGCAACCAGGUGGACAUUAACAUGGGUGGUUUGGAGAGCGGUGACCUCUCAGAUUUUGUGGAGAAUGUGGAAUGGGAAUGUCAUGGCAUGCCAGCUGUCAGGAACGUAAUCAUGUAUGGCUGUUGCUCAGAUCCAUACCCAGACAUCACCUACACGGUUCUGCUGAAACGCCGCUCCUCAUUCUAUAUCUACAACCUUCUCCUCCCCUGCUUUCUAAUCUCCUUCCUGGCUCCACUUGGCUUCUACCUUCCAGCUGACUCUGGAGAGAAGGUCUCACUUGGCGUCACAGUUCUUCUGGCCCUAACCGUCUUCCAGAUGAUGGUGGCUGAAAGCAUGCCACCGUCCGAGAGCGUGCCGCUCAUUGGUAAAUACUACAUAGCAACAAUGACAAUGAUUACAGCCUCCACCUCACUGACUAUCUUCAUCAUGAACAUUCACUUUUGUGGUGCAGAAGCCAAACCGGUGCCCCACUGGGCCAAAGUCCUAAUUAUCGACUACAUGGCGAAGAUUUUCUUUGUGUAUGAGGUAGGGGAGAACUGCACCAGUCCUCAAACUGAACAGGGCCCACCUUUAGUCGAUGACCCUCUGGCAAGUCUGGAAAAUUUCGACUAUUUCUCCAGCAGUUUUUACAGCAAUCAUCUAAAUGAUGGGUAUAACAGAUAUAAUAACUGUGGCAGAGAUGCCAGAAAUCACCAGUCAAAUGGCUACCAUUUCAACGCCCUGAACGGGGCACAUAUUCCACCACAGUUCUCAUCAAGACAGAAAGCACACCAGUCCAAUUACAUACACCAUAUUGGGCGAGAUGGUAAUGCAAUUAACCUGAGAGAAGAAAAACUGAGGCAAAGCGAUCUCUCUAUUCCUGAAAAAAUACACGGGUACACUUAUGAACACAGCGCCAGCUAUCAGCACAAUAAUGAGUGCACCAAACCGUACACAAUGGAAGGGUACAGUAAAAAUACCAACAAGGAGUGCACAUGUGUGUGCGAUCAGCAUCAGAAAGUGGUGCAGAACAUUGAAUACAUUGCCAACUGCUUUCGGGAGCAAAGGUCAAACCAGGCCAAAGGAGCAGAGUGGAAGAAGGUUGCCAAGGUAAUGGACAGGUUUUUCAUGUGGGUGUUUUUCAUCAUGGUCUUUCUCAUGAGCAUCCUCAUCAUGGCCAAAGCGUCAUGA